UAGUGGCAGCUAUUGAUUACCUUGUGUCGUGCACAGCAAGAUGGAUGGACAUGCAGCGAGGGGAUUUUUUUUUUUAAAUAACAUUUGAGGACCUCUGCGAUCAAAUAGACCUGCGAUUUCGCCACAAUUCAACGAUUUAUUUUGGUUUGGGAUGCGAAGUGACUUCUAUGACUGAAUCCUCGCCGACUAGAUCGACUUUUGUCAACUUCCGUGCAGUUUUUUUCUCAUGCGGAAAAUUAUUAUUAACCGAACUUCACCUAAUCUUGUUUUAAAAUGUAGACGCAAUAUUGACAUUUGACACGGCGUGCUAAAUGUAGCCUUCGAACUCGCUUGCCUUUCGCCUCCACGUUGCUGUGUUGAUGGAUGUCACGCUGACCCAACCCUCGUGAUGAAGUCCAGUGCCACCCAUGACACGAUGGCACCGAGGAAAGCCUUGCUCAAAUGGUGUGUUCAAACCUGCACCACCUACCCACAAGUGGAGAUCACCAAUUUAUCCACCUCGUUCCGAGAUGGACUUGCGUUUUGUGCAAUCAUCCACAAACACCGCCCGGAUCUCAUAGAUUUCAGCUUCCUCUCCAGAGUUAAUAUUUACGAAAACAACCAACUGGCCUUUGAGGUUGCAGAGACAAAACUGGGCAUCCCCGCUUUCCUGGUCCCCAAAGAUAUGCUUGCCACCGAGGUGCCUGACUAUUUGAGCGUCAUCACUUACCUUUCCCAAUUUUACAACUAUUUCAGCGGGCUAUCUCACGCAGGUCCUUCCAGUUUGAAGUCAUCAUCACACAUCACUUCAUCAAACAAGCAUUCGGGUUCUUCGCCCUCCAGCAAAGACGAUGGUUAUUCGAACAAAAGUCUCCACAAUGCAUGUCGCUUUUGUACGAAACCCGUUCAUCUCAUUCAGAGACGAGUGAUCCGAGGCGAGAUCUGGCAUCGCAGUUGUUUCAGAUGCAAAGUGUGCCAUGGCACCCUUGCAGCAGGCUUUUACGUUCCAGAAAAGAAGACUGGUUGUUUCAUCUGCUCUGAUCACAUAACAGAUAACAACUUUGAGGUACAGGAAGAGUGCCUGUCUCUUGACGGAUUGACGCUCAUCAACGUUCCUCAGUAUUCUGAGACAACAAGGUCACAUGACAGACUGCUUUAUAAACCACCGCAGAUCGAGCAAACAGUACAAUAUGAGUCAUCGGAAAGGCAGAGUAGCAUGUCAAGGGAAACGUCUCCUCAACCUGCUCCGGGAUACGUCGACGAGGGAAGCGAUGGCAACGAUGGUUCGCUAUCGCUUUUGGCAAGAACGGAAGAGACAAAAACUGACGAGCCCUCGGAAUUCUCGUCACUGCAAGUGACCGGAGAAAGUAAACAGCUGGCUUCCAAAGAGGAGUCGGUUUCUGUCCUUGCAGCCGGGACUCAACUUUCCCAAACAGCGAGCAGCACCUCAGAAAACGUCGAGGAGACAACCAAUAGUGCUGAGCGGAAGGACGAGAAAAAAAUUGAAGCGACGCCAAAGUCGUCCUCGCCUUAUGCACAAGUACCUGCAGAGAGUAAACAGGUGGCACCUCAACAGAUCGCCCAAAGUCACUCUUCUCCUUUUUCAUCACAAAUGAUGAGUUCGAAAAAUCCAGUGAAAACCAACCAUCCAUGGUUGGGCAUCAUCCAUCCCGGACCUUGGACACAACUACCUCCUGUUCAGUCCCCGGGACCCCCCACGCAUGCCAAACGUGGUCCAAACGGACAGGUGUACUGGUACAGACCGAGAGUCCCUCCUCCCAAUCCUUUCGGUGAGGACCUGGAUGAGGAAGAUGCCGUCAAAACGGAGUUACAGCCUAAAGACGCUCAUGGUGGACACACCGCUCAACUUGGUUGCUUCGAUUUAACGAGCGCUAAUGUCACACAAAAAAAAAAUCCUAGUCCUGUUUUGACAAGAAGUCUUUCUGUGCCAGCUGUUAAAUCUACUAAAUUGCCUUUUGGGGUGACGGAGGACAAUAAAUCAAAUAAGGUUUUCGUAGAGAAGGACCAUUAUGAUGCAAAAGCAGAAAUACCCAAAUCCAAAACAUGCCAGGCCCUCACAUCUGGACGAGCCGCUGCCCCCGGACACGGCUUCCCGCUUGUUAAAAGGAAGGUGCAGCCAGACCAGUACGCUUCUGCUGCAGAUCUGCAGGUGGAAAAAAGCCAAGUGACAAAACAGCUGGAGGCAUUGGAGGAAAAAGGCGUAGAAUUGGAGAGAAGUAUCAGAGAGUGCCAGAAUGAUGAAGAGGAAGAACGUCUCGUGACCGAAUGGCUUUCUCUUACCCAUGAAAGGCAAAUUCUGAUGCGACGAGAUACUGAGCUGGUUUAUUUGACUAAGCAGCAAAGUUUGGAAGAAAGGCAAGCAGAUGUUGAGUAUGAGCUUAGACGUCUCCUCAAUAAACCGGAGAGCGUGUGGAGUCGAGAAGAUCGAAGUCAAGAGCAAAGCCUGAUGGCCGAGCUGCUUGGCAUCAUCGAGCAGAGGAACCAGAUCGUCAGCAUUUUAGAUCAAGAUAGGAAGAGGGAGCGAGAAGAAGAUGUACUUUCGGAAGUAAACAAGAACCAAGAGCUCCAGAAAGAAGAUUUGAAAGAGCUGAAGAAGUCAAAAGGAAAAUUCAAGCCCUCAAAGGUUUUUAAGAUGAACCGGAAAAGCGAGCGCAGCACAAACUCUGUGGACAAAAACAGCUGAAGUUCUGUCCAGACUGUAGAAGAAUAAAACUGAGGACAACUUCAGACACCAAAUUGAGUUAUGCUUGUACACAUUGACGCUCCAUUGUACUGUACUGUUGUCAUUUACCCUUGAUGUAAGAAAUUAUGCCAUUAGGCUAACGAUAUGUAUAUGCUGUAUAUGUAUUUAUUUUUUUGAAAUGCAGUCACAGUACGCAUGUUUUACUGCAGAUACAGAUGGAGGCUUGCACCUCAAUACAUUUGAAUGUUUAAUUUUAAAAAAAAUAUAUUUCAGUUCAUAGAAGGAAAUUCUGAGCAACUACAACGAUGUUGUAUGUUACAAUUUGGGUAAUAGUAUAUGGAUAACAAAAGACAAAAAAUUGUUUUUAGUGUCGAAAUUAGAGAGGAGUUUAUAUUCUGAAAAGUGUGUUUCUGUAUACUGUGUCAAUGUUUAGAUUGAAUCCACUUCUGACAUUAAUAAAUUUUCCACGAUGUUCAGAA